AUGGCUGCUGAAGCUACUGAGAUUCCAACUGCGCCUACCGUUCAAGAGAACACGAACGACGCAGGCGCCGAAACCAAGACGGACAUUGAAACUACGAACCAAACCAACGGCCACGGUGAAUUGGCCUCAGCGGACCAGACGAAACCUGCGGAGGGCUCCAAGCCUACCGAGGAAGCCAAAGAUCAGGAGGCCCCAGCAGAGGACAAACCCGAGGAACCCAAGGUUGGCGACAAGCGCGAACAUGAAACUAGCGCCACCGAGCCCGCUGAAACAGAGAAGCCCGCCGCUGAAGAGGAAUCAAGCGAGCCGACAACCAAGAAGCAGAAAACCGACGAGAACGACACUACAAAGGCCGAGAACGGAAAAGCCGCCCCUAAGGAAGAAACCAAUGGGGAGGAGAACAAGAAGAAGGGCGGCCGCGGCAAGAAGGCUAAGACCCCUGCUGCGAAGCCGACGGUUGCCACUGAUGGCCCUGGUAGUAGAACGCGCAGCCGGACCAAGGCUGCUGCUUAG